CUCUUCUUUAACCCCUCGUUAUUGCAGUCGUCGAUAAUGUAAUCCCCGCGAUCAGAAAUGGGAGCUCACAAGAGCAUUCACGUUGACAAAGCAAAACUCGAAAUUAGAGUUAAUUUCUUAAAAAAGCUAUGCUGUUCUCGUACUCUCCCUCCCCUCAGUGCUACGUGUGCUGCUAGUCCGUUUUCUAUGGCUAUCGGCAGAUUCUGUGUGAAGCACAAUAACCUAUUUGGCAGAAGCGAAACGCUUGACGUGUCAUUGCACAAAGGCCUGCAUGAUUCAAACCUCUUGAUAGCAUUUAGGAGGCCUCUUCCCCUGUAUAUAGGCCAGCCUUGUAUAACCCUUCAGCAUGUAAUUUCGCCUGAGGUUGGGAUCCAUGGAAUUCCCACGCACAAAUUUUCUCAUUCUUCAAGUGGAGAUGUCAGGUCGUCCAAGUUGUCUAUAGGCUUUGACUAUAUGGAUGAAUCCUCUGCAAGCUCUAAUUGGAGCACUACAACCAGCGUGAAUUUUAAGCAAAUUCAUUUCAUGAAUGAUGGUGGCCGCUCCAUAAGCAGAGACCUGGAUGGUUUUCCUGUGUCAUUCAGUGGAAAUUCAUUUGACAACAUGAUAGUUGUCAAGCAAGAAUCUAAAUAUGAACGAAUAACCAACGACCGAUUUUCUUAUUUGAGUUUACAAAUGGAACAAGGGAUUCCAUGCCAUUCCAACCUGAUGACCUUCAAUCGGUUCAAAAUCGUUGCUUCAAGAGGACUCAAAAUUGGGCCAACGUUUUUCUCCACGAGGGUGACGGGUGGGUCAAUUGUAGGAUCCAUAGCUCCUCAUCUCGCAUUUGCAAUUGGUGGCCCUGAUAGUGUUCGAGGCUACGGUGAGGGUGCUGUUGGUUCUGGACAAUCAUGUCUUGUUUCUAGGGGUGAAUUGACAUUCCCACUGAACGAGAGAUUAGAGGGUGUUGUUUUUCUGGACAGCGGAUCUGAUUUGAGGAGUAGCCACAAGGUUCCAGGAAAUCCAGGAGUGAGGAAGGGCAAGCCAGGGUCAGGCUUUGGAAUUGGAUGUGGCAUUAGGUUAAAAUACAAGUUGGCUCACAUAACAGUUGAUUAUGCCAUGAAUGCUUUUCAACAAGGAAUGUUUUAUUUUGGGAUUAACAUGGCUUAAGUUUGCCAAAUUUCUCAGCCAUUUCUAACUCAAAGCUUUUACUUAAGCCAUGGAUUAAUCAGUGUUAUGACACCGCAGAAUGAUCACUAUAGCCAAAAGAUUUUCUGU